UCACGUCCGCCAAGGGGCGGGCCCACGCUCCUAAACCCAUGGCGGGAGCCUGAGCUUCAGUGUGUCCCCGGCCAGGUGUGGGUGUGAGUUUGGCGUGGUGGACAGGUAUCGUCCGCCUCUGCUGCCGCCCAGCUCUUUCUACAGAUGAGGAAACCAAGACGAAGUGAUUUGCCCAGAUGAAUCUUCCUGACUUCAGGCCUAGCGCUCUAUCUUCUGUGGCCACCUGGCCGCCAGAAUGAGAAAAUAGAUGAUAUCAAAGAGAUAGAGAAAGACAUAAACUGAUGCAGAGUGAAGCUCAACAUGAACAACAUAUCUAGUACUCAAGAAUCUCUUACGCCUAAAAAUUCUUGUUUGAAAAGUGAGUUUGAAGAUCAGCUGUUGUUUUUACCUGAAAAAUUAAGAGCAAGAUUACUUCCUUUCCAGAAGGAUGGUAUCACCUUUGCAUUGAAAAGAAAUGGCAGGUGUAUGAUUGCUGAUGAAAUGGGUCUAGGAAAAACAAUUCAAGCAGUUGCCAUAGCUUAUUUUUACAAAAACGAAUGGCCUCUUUUGAUAGUUGUUCCUUCAUCUCUGAGAUACCCUUGGACAGAGGAGAUUGAGAAAUGGGUUCCAGAACUGGGACCACAAGAGAUCAUUAUUAUUCAGAAUAAAACUGAUGUUGGGAGAAUAUCAACCAGCAAAGUGACAAUUCUAGGUUAUGGUCUAUUAACUACAGAUGCGAAGCUUCUGAUAGACACUCUAUACAAACAGAACUUUAAAGUCAUUAUAAUAGAUGAAUCACACUACAUGAAGUCCAGAAAUGCAUCCCGAAGCAAGAUUUUGUUGCCAUUAGUACAGAAAUCUCGAAGAGCCAUUCUUCUUACAGGCACUCCAGCUUUGGGAAGACCUGAAGAGCUUUUUAUGCAGAUUGAUGGACUUUUCCCAAAACAAUUUGGAACAUGGACUGAAUAUGCAAAAAGAUACUGUAAUGCUCAUAUCAGAUAUUUUGGUAAAAGAGCUCAGUGGGACUGCAGAGGUGCAUCAAAUCUAGGUGAACUUCAUCAGCUAUUAAGUAAUAUAAUGAUCAGGAGAUUAAAGACUGAAGUUUUAACCCAGCUACCCCCUAAAAUUAGACAACGUAUUCCAUUUGAUCUUCCAUCUGCAGCAGCAAAGGAAUUGAAUACUAGUUUUGAAGAGUGGGAGAAAUUAAUGAGGGCUCCACAUUCAGGUGCCACCGAGACUGGUAACCACUUUUUUCAAGCCAUGGGGCUGAUGACCCGCAUGUUUAAACAAACAGCUAUUGCGAAGGCAGGUGCAACAAAGGACUAUAUCAAAAUGAUGCUUCAGAAUGAUUCGCUUAAAUUUUUAGUUUUUGCUCAUCAUUUAAGCAUGCUCCAAGCUUGUACAGAAGCAGCUGUAGAAAGCAAGGUUCGUUACAUUAGAAUAGAUGGAAAUGUUCCUUCUUCAGAAAGGAUAUAUUUGGUCAAUCAGUUUCAGAAGGAUCCUGAUACUCGAGUGGCUAUCCUAAGCAUUCAGGCUGCUGGCCAGGGUUUAACUUUCACUGCAGCGACUCAUGUCAUAUUUGCUGAGUUAUAUUGGGAUCCAGGACAUAUAAAACAAGCAGAAGACCGUGCUCACCGAAUUGGACAAUGCAGUUCUGUAAAUAUCCACUAUCUUAUUGCUAAUGGAACAUUGGACACUUUGAUGUGGGGGAUGUUGAACCGCAAGGCCAUCGUUACUGGUAGCACAUUGAAUGGUAGGAAAGAGAAACUAGAGGCAGAAGAAGGUGACAAAGAAAAGUGGGAUUUCCUGAAAUUUGCUGAAGCUUGGACUCCGAACGAAAAUUUUGAAGAAAUAAAAAAUGAAGUUCUGUUCACCCAUUUUGAAAAAGAAAAACAGCAUGAUAUUCGAGCCUUCUUUUUACCAAAACAUAAUAAGAAAAGACACACAAUGGCAUCCUGUGAUGAAUCAAACCUACUACAGGAAAAAGAUACUGAGAAGGCCUUGGAUUAUAGAAAUAUAGCUACGAGGGAUGCCAUUGAUUAUGGAAGUGAUUUUGAACCCGAAGCUAAAAGAUGGAAAUCAGUGGCCACUCAGAACAAUUCCCGUCAAAAAGAGAAAAGACCAUCCUGGUCCAGUCCAACAAAUGCUGAAUUUAUGAAAAAAACAAUUCACAAGACAAAGUCUAAUUCUAUCAACGUAUCCCUCCCUGGAAAAAAUUGGCCGUGUGGUCUCUGCACCUAUGUUAAUAGUUCAUUAUUGCCUUAUUGUGAAAUGUGUGAAACCCCUCAAGGCAGUGCUGUACAUCUGAACAAGCAGCAAAUAGACUAUCCCAACUAUAUCCAGGAUGAAAAAGGAAAUCAGGUGAAUGAGUCUCAGAACAGCAUCUUGCAAGUUGAAACCAACUCUUCCUGUGCGCAGCAAGUCCUUGAGCAAUCAGCAACAGAACAGUUUGUGGAAAGCAAGGGAGAAAAAGCUAAAAGUGAAAAUGAAGGUGGAGGUGGACCAACACCCCAGAAAGAACAGUUGAAGAAUUCAGACACUUUACCUGUAUAUGAUGUCCUAAUGUUUUGUGCAAGUAAGAAUACGGACAGAAUUCACCUCUAUACUAAGGAUGGUGAACAAAUGAACUGCAAUUUCAUUCCUUUGGAUGUAAAAUUAGACCUCUGGGAAGAUUUACCAGCAUGUUUUCAACUGAAACAAAACCGUUCACUGAUUUUGAAGUUUGUGCGGGAGUGGAACAGUCUCACAGCCAUGAAGCAAAGAAUUAUCAGGAGAAGUGGCCACAUCUUUUGUAGCCCUAUUCUGGCUUUGGAUGAGAUAACAAAGCAACAGACUAAACAAAAUAGUACCAAAAGAUACAUAACUAAAGAAGACGUUGCAGCGGCUGCUGUGAACAAAGUGCAGAGUGAUGGGGGUAGCAUCCGUGUGAUCACAAAGGAAUCUAGGUUUUCCUCUAAAAACCAAACCUCUUCUGCUGUAGAAACAUGGGAAACUACUAUAAACCCAGUCCAAGAUGAUCCUACUACACAGCCUUCUACAUCUAAAGGAUUUUUGCAGGCUAUGGAUAUUGAAGGAAAUCCACUUUGUCUCCAUUGUCAACAGUGUAUUUGCGAAUCUGGCCAACAGUACAAAGUGAGCGCUUGGGAUUCACGGUUUUGUUCUCAGAAAUGUCAGGAGGAAUUUUGGAUUCGAUCAAAUAAUAGCUACCUGCGUUCUAAAGUAUUUGAAAUUGAGCAUGGUGUGUGUCAGCUCUGUAAUCUGAAUGCCCAGGAACUCUUUCUUUCUCUCAGAGAUGCUCCUAAAAAUCAACGGAAGAAUCUUCUACAAACCACUUGGAUCUCAAAACUCUCUAUAGAACAGUUAAAUGAGAUGAUGAUAAACCCUGUAGAAGGGCAGUUCUGGCAGGUGGAUCACAUCCGACCAGUCUAUAGUGGAGGAGGUCAGUGCUCUCUGGAAAACCUUCAGACUCUAUGUACAGUUUGUCAUAAAGAGAAAACUGCUAAACAAGCCAAAGAAAGAAGCCAGGAGAAAAGGAAAUCUUUAGCUUCAAAGCAUGGAUCUGACAUCACAAGAUUUUUCAUAAAGAAGUAGAAUAUUUAGCUGGAGCAUAAACGGAUUAAAUAUAAAGGAAUGUGAACUUGUGGAAUUUUUUAAAAAAUUUUCGUACUUACUCCUCUUAAAACUUGGAAAAGGUCAAUCAAGAAUUUUCAAGAUUUACUGUGCCACCAUGGCAUGAACUGCCUCAUUGUUACAAUGGCUCACAGCCAUUGUUUCAAGGGACACUCAACAGGAGGUAUUUUGCCAUAAGACACUGGGUCUGAUGGCAGAAACGGCAUUACUGCAGAGUACUAAAUUCCCAUCAUCUUGGUUUCAUUCAGAAUUGCAUCGGUAUUUAGUGAGGUUUUUUUAACCUGCCUUUUUCUAUUGGAUCUUAAUUACUACAUCACACAGAUUUUGUUUUUUUAAAAAAUCUACUUUGCUACUUUUGGGCUGGUGCUAGGAUUUGUGUUGGCUUUGGAGUGAUCUGGCUAUUAAAUCACUUGCAGUCCAAAAACACCUCUUUGCUAAUAUCAUGCUUAUUUGAAAAUCCUGGGUCAGUCACUAAAAUUAUGCUGAGUAUUCAGGAGGAGACCCAUAUUUCUGAAAUGUCUCCAACUUGGUUUCUUACAUUAUGCAUUUUAUGGUUUGGUUAGCUUGACUUAUUGACAAUAAAUACACAUGUGAAAAUAAGCUAAUGGGAAUACCAUAUUUAUGGACAACUUGGUGUUUCUGGGCAAAGCUACUAAUAAAAUUAUUUCAAAAUUGACUUUCCAUUUAAAGAGGAACACACUAUUUAAAGACUUCAUUUGACUGGUUUCUGAAAUGUCUAAAAUCAAAAUUACCAUCAUUGAAAUAUCUUCAACAUCAAACAGGUAAGCUUUUCAUCAUAUCUAAUUAGUUUAAAGUGAGAUUAAACCAGAGGCACAGCAAGAAUCAGCAGGACCAGCUAAGAAGCCAGAGCUACCUAAAGAACAGCUUAAAAGGAUUCAGUGAAUAGUGGGAACCUACUGAAAAGCUAUGUGUCUAUUUGGUUACAUUUAUUUACAUAUGUAUAUUUAUACAUAUACACAUACACAUAUACAUAUAUACAUAUACACACACGUGUGUGUGCGUAUGUAUGUAUAUUUGGUUACAAACUAACCUAAAGAUUUCCUAGUUUUUAUUGUCAUUCUUUGCAUUCUGCAAAAGAGUAAUAGAAAGGUGGCACAAGAUAAUAUUUCUUUUUAGAAUUGUGUCAAGUAGUAGACAACUCAUUCGCUAGAUUCACUGGAUUUAGUGAUAUUUUGUAAAGUAGGUUGUGUUUCUUUCGGCCUUCUCUCCUCUUUUCUGUAUGAGCUUUUGGCAGACUUCUACCUCUGUAGUUAGCUUACUUCAAGGUUAAUGUAGGAUUUGGCGUAGUUGGUAUUUCAGAAACACAAGAGACUAUAAUCAGAGCCUAGCAUGCUUUAUUUCCUGUGUCAUAGCAUGGUAGCAAGUUAGAGUUUGGUAGCUGUAGAUCCCACCUGAGUAGUCUCUAGCUGUAUGGCUGUAAACUAAAACAUUAAUCAUAAGAGAAAAGACAUAUGAAUUUAGGAAGUAGAACAGAUUGAGAUGAAAUGAGCCAAGAGCAUCUCCCUUCAUGCCAGGUUUCAAAAAUGUUGACCAUUCAAAAAGUUUUAUAAGAUUAAAUGACAUCAACAAGCAUCUGCAUGCAAGGUGUUUAGAAUUCCAUACUCUUCCUGUCAUUUUCAACUUACCUUGAAUGAUGGAGUCACAUCUUUUUCCAGGAUGAUGUAUUUAGCCCUUCUAAAGCAUAUUGAGGUUAAGGUUUUUGAGGCAGAAAUCUAAGAGUUAAAAUAGAUCUGCUAUCAAAGACUUCAGACUAAAGAUCUCUGCAGGCGAGUUUUUUGAAAUUGUUCUUUCUCAAGGGCACUUGCAAAAUGGAGCUAUCAACUGAAGAGAUAAAAAUGGAAGUCCAUUCCAAAAUACAAGGAGGGCGCCAACCCGAACAAUGCAGUUUUCCAAUGAUAACAAUAAUCCAGAGUGAAUCCUCAGAGAGGAAAAGUUGCUACGAUAUAAGAAAUCUAUAGUGAGUGGAAAUGGAUGACUAAGAAAAAUGGUUCCCCAAAUCUGAAAAGACAUAGGAAGGUUAUACAGUCUGAGUUAUCCUCCCCAAACUAAAACAAUAUAGUUAUUGAAUUGGGAAUUUUCAUGCUAGGAAUGAAUUGAAGAUUUGCUAUAUUAUAAGCAAGAACUAUAAUUAUGUUGUUAGAUGGAGGCUUUCCUUUUACAUAGAACGUUAGUGGUAGAGCUCUUAAAUGUUUUCAUUACUUGAGAAUGAGGUUUAUGUCACAGGGUCUCAACCAGGUCCAGAUGAGAAAAAUGAAUACCAGGUAUCAAUGUAUCUUUUCUUGCAUUAACACAGUUCUUGUUAUAUUUAGUAACACAGCUCUGUAAACAGACUUUGGAAACAAAUGAAGAUGCCAUAGUGGACACAUUCAUUUGGAACUUAAAAAGAAAAAAAUUCACUCAACAAUCGUUGCAAUUAAAUGUGUAUUUCUGAGGUUUUUCUGUUAAUAACAUUCAACUUUUAUCACUCCCCCCCUCGUAAAUGUUGAUGGCACAGAUUUUUCUGCUUGUUUCAUGUUAAUAAAUUGAAUUUCCUCA